UUUCUUUCGCUAUUAUUUAUUAGUCAUUUUCCCAAAGUUGUGUGAUUGACUGAAAGUUGUCACGAUCGACCAUAAGUUAUGGCAAAUCUUUCAAUGUUUCCGAAUAUAAGUGCUGACAAUGAUGAAAACUCGCCUAUGAGUGUGGAAAGCCUAUGUAUGGCUUGCGAGGAAAAGGGCACAACAAAGAUUUUAAUGACAAAGAUCCCAUACUUCCAUGAAGUGGUAAUAAUGUCAUUUGAAUGUCAACAUUGUGGAAAUAGAAACAAUGAAAUAAAUUCUGCUGGCCCUGUACAGUCACAAGGAAUCAGGAUUGAAAUAAAAGUUGCUAAAGGUGAUCUCAAUAGACAAAUUAUCAAGACAGAAUCAGCAAUGGUGAAACUGCCAGAGUUAGAUUUUGAAAUUCCAGCUUUCACCCAGAAAGGAGAACUUAGCACCAUUGAGGGUGUCCUGGAACGGGCGAUUUCGUCUUUAGAACAAAGUCAACCGCUGCGAAAGGCUGUUGACCCGGAACAGGCGGAAAAAGUUGGUCAGUUCAUAGAAAAACUAAAAACAUACCGUAAAGGCGACGUUCCAUUUACGUUUGUACUUGAUGACAUCUCUGGCAAUAGUUUCGUGGAGAAUCCUCACGCACCGGACAAUGAUGCCGCUAUGACAGUUACGAAAUACGACAGAACAGAAGAUCAAAAUCGGGCUUUGGGAUUUAUUGCAAGUGAUGAUGCACCUGAGGAAAGCGCUCCAGAAGAAUUCAACUUUAAUGAAGAGGUACUCGAGUUCCCAACAGAUUGCCCUCAUUGUAAAUGUCCGACAACCACGAACAUGAAGGCUGUUGAUAUUCCAUUUUUUAAACAAGUUAUACUCAUGGCAACCAACUGUUCAAACUGUGGAAAACGGUCGAACGAAGUGAAGUCUGGAGCUGGAAUAGAGGAUCAAGGCAAAAGGAUAGAAUUGAAGAUUACAGAUCCUACUGAUCUCAGCCGCGAUGUAUUAAAGAGUGAUACUUGCACUGUUAGGAUACCUGAACUUGAGUUUGAGUUAGAAAGUGGCACGCUAGGGGGUCGUUUUACCACCUUGGAAGGUCUUCUCAUCAAUGUCAAGGAGGAUUUGGAGGGUCAGAAUCCCUUUGGUUCCGGCGAUACACCUACGCUACAGGAAGAUACCAAAAAACUACAGAAAUUCAUCUCGAAACUUAUGGAGGUGAUAGAAGGUAAAAUUAUGAAUAUACAUUUAAUUCUGGAUGAUCCUGCUGGCAACAGUUAUCUUCAGAAUGUUUAUGCGCCGGAAGACGACCCAAACAUGAAGAUUGUUCACUAUGAAAGGAAUCAAGAACAGAACGAAGACCUUGGCAUCAGUGAAGAAAUGAUUGCGGAAGAAAAGGCAAGAAGAGAAAAAGCUGAGCAAAACUGAGCAUCCAAAGAAUAACAUCAAAUUAUAUAAAUCAAAAGUCUAAACCACACGUUAUACAAUAGUGAAUAAAAACACUGCUUGGGAAAACGCUGAUCGGCCUACGUCAUUCUCUAUUUCAAUAAAUAUCACUGAAUUAACUUUUAGUAAGUUAGUAUAUACAUAUACUGUAAAAAAAUGAAAUGUUUCUAAACUUAGUAAAAUGACAUUCUUUCAUGAAAACAAUAUACAUUUGAUGACAU